AUGCUGUCUCGAGCGGCGGCUCCCUCUUCCUCAACUUUCGCCUCCAUCUCGAGCCGUUCCCUCCGCGCCCAGGGAGCGGCGACCCGCGCGUUCGCUACCGUGCAGGAGGCUCCUCCAGUCCGACACUAUGGCGGGCUUCGGGACCAGGAUCGCAUCUUCACCAACCUGUACGGACAUCACACCCCGGAUCUCAAGUCGGCUAUGAAAUAUGGUGGUGAUUGGCACCGAACAAAGGAUAUCGUGCUCAAGGGUGACGACUGGCUCAUUUCUGAGAUCAAGGCCUCUGGCUUGCGUGGUCGCGGUGGUGCCGGUUUCCCCUCGGGUCUUAAAUAUGUGAGUGCAAUUGACAAGAUCAUACAUGUCAAGCGCCUCGUGUCAUUCAUGAACACCAAGGACUGGGACAAGGACCCCCGCCCCCGCUACCUGGUUAUCAACGCCGACGAGGGUGAGCCCGGUACCUGCAAGGAUCGCGAGAUUAUGCGAAAGGACCCCCACAAGCUGGUUGAGGGUUGUUUGGUUGUCGGUCGUGCUAUGAACGCCAACGCCGCCUACAUCUACAUCCGUGGUGAAUUCUACCACGAGGCUACCGUCUUGCAGCAGGCCAUCAACGACGCCUACGCCGCAGGCUUGAUCGGCAAGAACGCAUGCGGCAGUGGCUACGAUUUCGAUAUCUACAUUCACCGCGGAAUGGGCGCCUACAUUUGUGGCGAAGAGACUUCGCUUAUCGAGUCCAUUGAGGGUAAGGCUGGUAAGCCUCGCCUGAAGCCCCCAUUCCCCGCUGCUGUCGGUCUCUUCGGAUGCCCCAGUACCGUGACCAAUGUCGAGACUGUCGCUGUUGUGCCCACCAUUAUCCGCCGCGGUGCCAGCUGGUUCUCGUCCUUCGGCCGUGAGCGUAACGCCGGUACCAAGCUCUUCUGUAUCUCUGGACAUGUCAACAACCCUACCACUGUCGAGGAGGAGAUGUCUAUUCCCCUGCGAGACCUGAUCGAGAAGCACUGCGGUGGUGUUCGCGGUGGCUGGGACAACCUCUUGGCCGUUAUUCCCGGUGGUUCUUCCACCCCCGUGAUUCCCAAGUCUGUCGCUGACAACCAGCUGAUGGACUUUGACGCCUUGAAGGACUCCCAGUCUGGUCUGGGCACUGCCGCCGUCAUUGUCAUGGACAAGUCCACGGAUAUUGUUCGCGCCAUCUCUCGCCUCUCCACAUUCUACAAGCACGAGUCGUGCGGUCAAUGUACCCCGUGCCGCGAGGGAAGCAAGUGGACUAUGCAGAUCAUGCAGCGCAUGGAGACUGGUAAUGCCCGUGAGCGUGAAAUCGACAUGCUCCAGGAGCUCACCAAGCAGGUCGAGGGACACACCAUCUGUGCUCUGGGUGAGGCCUUUGCCUGGCCCAUUCAGGGUCUCAUUCGCCACUUCCGUCCUGAGCUUGAGGCUCGCAUUCGCCAGUACGAGAAGGAGGUGGGUGGAGCUCCCUUUGCCGGUGGCUGGAAGCCUUCAGCGCGCGCCGAGGGCAAGUUGAUCUCCCCUGGCAUGUAA